GACGAAAGUGACGCUAUGAAGGCGCGCCGGAAGCGGAAAGUGGCCCGUUCAACCCGUGCCGCUGCUCCCUGUGUGUCUGCUCCUGCACGCGGAGCGGCGGCGGACAUGGCUCCGGGCGGGCAGGCAGCGGGCGGCGCUGGCGCUGGCGCCGGGGCGGCCCCGGAGGGGCUGCGGGACUGGAUCCGCACAGCCUACCGCUUCGCCACGGACAGGAACGACUUCCGCCGGAACCUCCUCGUGAACCUGGGGCUUUUCGCUGCGGGCGUCUGGGUCGCCAGGAACCUGACGGACAUCGACCUGAUGUCUCCGCCGCCCGUGGCGUAGCGGCGGGGCCCCUUGAAUCAACGUUUGCCCGUGUCAAAGGCUGAAGAGCUGCUGCUCCCAGCACGGCAGGACGACCCCAAUGACCACCAGAGUUGUGUGUUAAAGCUGCCACAAGUUUUGACCGGCUUGGGCAGUACUCCACGUUGCUUUUGUUUUGGGUAACAGCGUUCAGCAGCGGCUCUGGUUCGCGUGCAUCGCCAUUCCACAAGUGACGAGAAGACCUUUGUCUGAGAGAUUUGGCUUCAGUUCAGCCGGCCGGGCACGACCACUUUUACAGUAGUCUAUUACGUUUUCAAGGCUUAUGAAACUUGCAUGUGGCGUUUCCUUCUGUACUGAGGUUAACGGUUGAUUAAAUGAUCCUUGAGGGUGUAUGGAAUAAUGA